CCCACCUCUACUUACUCGCUACGCUCCAUCGAAAUAAACCAGUAAAAAAAACCCUGGGAUCGAUCCCUCGUGCCCACAGCAGAUCGAUCUGCGCCACAAUCCUUACCUUCGCACGCCCGAUCCCUUUGCCGGCGCCGAGCAGUCAUCGAGGAGCCGGCGUCGAGGUCCUCAAGGAGGUGCCGCCGCCGUCGUUGCAGGCCUCCGGGUUGCCAUCGGGACACCGCUGCCGAGAUCCGCCUUCGCCUUCGUCCGACAGAGGCGGCGGAAGGCAGCUGGGAGGGGAAGCGCACAACGACCCGGAAGACAUCCGCCCUCACGCGCUCAUCGUCUUGCUCGAUCUACCCGAGGGCUGCCGAUGGGCGCCUCGGCGGCGGCCACAGCGAGAUCUGCGUCUGGGACGUGACAAUCCCUCCGCCCCGGUCGCCGGUGAGAUUUCACUGCCUCGAUCCUUCCGGUCCCAGUUUAUCAGGUCAUCCCUGACAAGAGGGAGCGAGAGAUGCUACUGCCGGGCACGUGCACGCACGCGGGGCGGCCGCCUGCGAUCAGGGCCGCGUCCUCUCUCCUUCGUCGACCAUGGCCUCCGAACCACUCCGUUGUACCUCUGCGCCCAAGUGUCCGCUCCUCGAUCUUCAACAGAUUUGUUAUCGCCUCUCUUCCGUUGCAGAACAAUAUGAUACGAUGCACAUCGGUCCACUUUACUGGCAGCUAUCCUUCAAGAUUGAGGGGAGGCACUCUUGUGGACCUGCUCAAUGUUCGAGGAGAUACGGCUGACUAAACAAGGUUAUUUUAAAGUUCUGUGUGGUUCAUGUUAGCUAUCUAUCAGUAAUAGUACAACCUUGAUUUUUAUGUCGUUCAGGUUUACCUAACCAUCAGUAACAUUACUUUCUAUUGGAGACUUCUUACAGGAGGUGCUUAUAAAAUGAUAGUUGAACAUGUACAGAGUUUGGAUCACGAUCAUCUAUUUACCAGGCAUCAGUUAACUCAAGGCAUCGAUCAAAAUCUAGCGUUCUUUGUUGUGUGCAUCAUGGAGAAGACAAAGAACAGAGAUUGUGUGAUAUAUCCGAUAACGCAAUAUAAUUUUCUCUUGCAUAUUUAUAAUCUGCCAUUUGAAUGAUGUUUUCUGUGUUGUAGUCAAAUCAAGACAAUUUGCAACUUUGGUGUUAUGACGUUGGAGGCCGUGCUCAACAGCAAUGGGGGACUGUUCGUUGAUGCCCGACCCACGAUGCCGGCGAAGGAAUGAGAGUCGACGAGGAGUGGACGCCAUGGGUUCGUGAACUGGCGAAGCCUCCGUUGUCCGUUUGGUAAUGUCCGACGCAUUAGAGGCAUAGUAUGACUUGUCUCGAUUAUGAUGUCGUCCACAAACAUCCAACGGAGGGGAACCCGUCCCAGUUUCCAUCUUGAUGACUACAAAUAGAGGGAAGUUGGCCUGUGCCUUACUAGAGACAAAUGAACCAAUAAAAUGAUUGGAAAGGUUCUUCCCAAGCAAAAGGACGCCGCCGUCGCCUCGUAUCCCCACACGCCGCUAGCAUGGCCGUGACAACUGAUGAGCACGCUCCACCCCCAUUCCUGCCACAGAUGAAGAAAAGUAGGCUCAAUCGGGCCAUGACUAGAGUUGAAGAAGGCUCAGGCAGAUGGUGAUACUCUCAAACCAGAGACCCCAACCCGGUAACCAAGACAUGGAAAAGUGGAGUGCGACCGUAAAAAAUGCUCAUCAAAUUGCUGGCUCCAUGUUGCCUAUCCACUGUCAUCAUACUUGUCUGCAUCAAAACGUCUCCGUUGAUGUUGAAUAUGAAACAGUUGCCACUGUCCCACCAGCAACACCGAAGACGAGCCCAGCGGCAACAUGAUGGAGACCAGCUGUACUUCUUGAUCUGGUAUCUGAAUCAUUGGUCGUCAGUGUUUCCACGGAAAGCGUGUAGAGGUAGAUGGUUCUGCCGAUAACCGGCACACUGAGGUAGGUGUAGGUCUGGACGCUGGUGCUGUUGGAGGCGCGCCGAUCGAGCUCAGCCAUCACUCAGCCGGGCAGUACUUUGAGCUGUCACAGAAAUAUCAUGAUCAUCUUUUAGCGAAUACAAAGGCUAGGCGGGGCGGUCGAUUUGCAGCGGGGUGGCGUGAGGGAUAUCUCGUUUGGAAGAGCAGGUGGAGUACAAGGUCGCGUCGAGGUCCAAUGACCGGAAUAUCGGCUCCACAGAGGACGCCAUCACAGAUCUUGCUUGCCUUAUCGUGACAUCUUCUUUGCCAUGGUAAGCACAUCAUGGUUCGUUCGCCCUCAUGACUUUUUUUUAUGACAUUAAUGGAGUUCAGAAAGCAGUUUUAGUGAAGAUCGAAUGGUUUUUAGAUUAAGUAGAGAAUACAAGAGUACUCUUCUGUAGUGUAUUGUUGUUCAACUGAGACAUAUGCAGUGGGUUUGAUGGCCGCAGGAUAAUUAAAGCCAAGGUAAAGACUAUACAUUCACAAUUCCUAUUGUUAUAAACAGGAAAAAAAAGAUAUAGGCGAAUACUACUGUUUUAGAUGCCGGUAAAAUGGACUAGAAUUUCAUGAGUUGUUUAGUCAGCAUGCUACCGCUCAUCAGAGGCAGAGGACCAAAUUUUUUCGAGGUAGGUCAGCCAAGACUACAGCACGUGAGACUUCCUCACUGCUAGCCUCUAGCGCUAGGGCGUGCGUCUUCACCGUCCACCUUGGCCUCCGGCACAAACACUCCUGCUGCUUGCUGCUAGGCGCUAGCCCGCUGGGGUUCGCGCGUGGCAUGCGCUAGGGCUGGUGGUUUGUGUUCUGCUGUUCCUGUUCAUACCUUUGUGAUGACUGGUUCGGUACGUCGUGUGUGUGACGUAUGUGCAGCCAUCAGGCAAGGGCAUGACCCAAAUAAGGAUCCUUCUAAGAAGUCACGACCCAACAUCAAAGAUAACUCUUCCUUUCAUUGACUUAUUGCACCUGUCAUCCGUCGAUCGAGCGUAUUUGCCGGAAAAUAAAGGUUGGGCGGACACCCUGUAUCUUCAGUAUUUCUCCCACUUUUUCUUCUACAUGUGUAAAUGUAGUUACACUUGAGAAAGCGAGAAAUAUUUGUUUUGUCAAAAAAAUGACAUAUCUUUGUUAUCUGGAUGCCCGUGCGUUGAUAGGUGCGUGUGUGUUUAGCAAUGGGAGCUAUAUCCCAAGUGCAUGUGUUUAGAUAGUGAAUUUAAGUACUACUUAUUUUGGCAAAGUGUCCUUUCCAGUAUGGUUUUGAAUUCAGAAUUGUUACAUAAGGAGCACCGGUGAUUUCAUUAAUCUACAAAAAUAUAGAUUGUUCCUUCAAACUACCUGUUUCUACUCUAUUAGAUGUUCGUAAGCAAUAUUAUGCUAUUAAGAUGCCAUUUUUAAAUUGCCUUUUGGCCUUUGGAUCACAACUAUUUUGUUUUGCUUCAUUUUAAGUAAAAUUGAGCAGGUUGUGUGUCCUGUUUUGCACACAUUUUUGCUUCGGUAAUGUAAGUCCAUUAACCUUCAAUUCUUCUAUACUUUAUAUGAUUAUGCAAUCUACCACUUACAUGUAAAGAGUGUCAUAUCUUAGUUUGCUGCAAUUUAUGCCCCUACAGAAGAAACGGUUUCACGGCAAGGCAACAAAAGUUAUUACGGCAUAGAGCUUCUAUCAAGUAAAUUUCCUAGCAAAGAAAUGAGCACUUUUUUUCGAGAAAACGCAAAGGACCUUUGCAUUUCAUUUCAUGGAAAAGGUAGACCAAUCCUCCUAGGAGGUGAGCAGUACAAAGAAAAGCACAAAAUCAGUGGACAUCCCAGGUUGUGGGCAGAACAACCCGAAGUCCCUGGGCUCCUGCUUCAGCCCAACACCGGGCCUCGUCCUUGAUCCUAACCACUAGUGAUUCGAUGGAUGGCGUGGCGUUGUCGAAGACACAGGCGUUCCUGUGCUUCCAGAGCAUCCAGGGCACAAGAAGCGCGAUGGAUUUGAGGGCCUUCCGAUGCGCCGGCGGCGCGAGCUCUUUCGCGCCCAGCCACCACUCCGUGACCGUGUGCUCCUGAUCGGGGAUUUGGACCGGAAUAAUCAACCAAUCAAGGACAAUGUGCCAGGUCUGACGUGUAAAGGGGCAGGUCAGCAGCAGGUGCUGGAUAGUUUCCACGGCCUGGUCGCAAAGGAGGCAUCGAGGGUGAUGCUGCAAGCCACGUCGCGCGAGCCUCUCAGCAGUCCAGCAGCGAUCCUGGUCGGCGAGCCAAUGGAAAUUUUUUACCCGUGGAGGCGCCCAACUCUUCCAUACCAACUUCCAAGAAUGGCACCGCGUGGAUCCCUGGAAACUGGCCGCAUAACAUGAGCGCGCCGAGUAGGUGCCAUUGGUGGUCCACCUCCAGAGCAGGCGAUCCGGCUCGUUCGUCAGGAUGGUGUGGCACACAGCCUGCCAUAGCAGUAAGUAUUGUCCGAUCUCGUGCAGACCCAAGACCCCUUGAAUAUCAUGUGCCCAAGAGUUACCCGCCAGCCCUUCAGCCACCGUCCUGGCCUUGCGUCGAUGUUUGGGAAUGCAUUGGUGGAGUAGGGGAGCUAUCUCACCUACAGACUACCUGCCAAUCCAGCGAUCUUCCCAAAAAAGCGCCAUCGAGCCACUUCCAAUGAUCAUGGUAGUGGAGGCAAAGAAGAGCGCGCGCUCCUCGUGAGAGAACUGCAGAUCGAGACCUUGCCAGGCACGGUCUGGAUCGACGCGGACGAACCAGAGCCAUCGCAAUCAUAGCGCGAGGCCAGCGCGCUCCAGGUCUCGGACUCCCAGCCCACCAUACGCGAUAGGACGGCACACACGGCUCCAGUUGACAUGGCAAUGGCCACCGUUGGCCACGGCCCGCCCAGCCCACAAGAAGCCUCGCUGGAUCUUCGCCAAUUGUUUGAGCGUCUUCUUCGGGGGAGCGAACGAGCGUCUUCUUCGGGGGAGCGAACGCGAGCAGCUGGUGCACUGGUAUUGCGUUGAGGACCGAUUUGACAAGGGCAAGACGCCCGGCUUUGUUCAUGAGCCACGCCUUCCAGGUAGGAAGCCGGGCAGCCACCGUAUCAACGAGGGGCUGCAACUGGGCGGCGGAAGGCCGUCGCAUCGACAACGGGAUGCCCAGAUAAGUGAUGGGGAGCUGCACCACCGGGCAACCCAAUUGGGCGAUCACCUCUUGUCCCUGCAUGUCACCGUGCAGGACGGUGGCAGAGCUCUUCGCAUAGUUAACCAGCAGCCCGCUCGCUUUGCCGAACAGGGUCAAGAUACCCUUGAUGGCAGCAGUGUCCUCCGGCGUGGCAUGACAGAAUAGCAUCACAUCGUCAGCAUAGAGGUAGAUCGCCGGGAUUGGGCGUCGGGGGUGCAACUGCUGCAGAAUGCCGGCAUCGAGCGCUCGGCGCAUCAACCGCCCAAGCGUGUCCACAGCGAGAACGAACAGCUGGGGGGACAUGGAGUCGCCUUGGCGCAGGCCACAACGGUGUCAGAUCGGGGGGCCUGGCCCGCCGUUCAUCAUGACACGGGUGCUGGACGUCGAAAGCAGGAUCGCAAGCCAUUCCCGAAAUCUGUCCCCGAACCCAUAUUGGCGCAAAACCUCAAAGAGGAAUGGCCAAGAUAUGGAGUCAAAGGCGCGCGUGAGGUCGAGCUUGAGCAUGAUCCGCGGAGCUCCGAGUUGGUGCAGCAAUUUGAGAGAUUGCCUCACGAGGAUGAAGUUAUCAUGGAGGCUCCGGCCGGUGAUGAACGCGUUCUGGUUGCGACUGACCAGGCUAUCCAAUCUGGGGGCAAGCCGCAGAGACAGGACCUUGGUGAAUAUCUUGGCCACGAUAUGGAUCAAGCAGAUCGGGCGGUAGUCGCGGAGCUGCUGGGCGUCGGCGCGCUUGGGCAGAAGGGUCAUGAGGGCUUGGUUGAGCUUGCCAAAGCCACGGCCCCGCAUCUCGAACAGUUGCUGGAAGACAUCCAUAAGGUCCUGUCGAACGAUGGUCCAGCAAGCUCGCAGGAACUCCGCAGUGAAGCCGUCAGGCCUAGGUGCCUUGCGAGCGGGGAGGCGCUUGAUCGCGUCCCAAACCUCCACGCUGAAGGGAGCGUCCAGGCUCGCCAGAUCACAAGGCUCAAUGAGCCCCUCCAGGUUGAGCGUAAGGUCACGGUCGGCGGCCGUGCCCAGGAUCUCGCCAAAGUGCUCGAAAGCAGCCUGCGCCAUCGCGUCCUGGUCGGUGAGCGUGUGCCCAUCCACGGCCAGGCUGAAGAUUCGAUUCUUCUGACGGCGAAAGGAGCAUUGCCGGUGGAAGAAUCCCGUGCUAGCGUCGCCGUCCUUGAGCGUGGCGAUGCGGGCGCGCUGCCUGGCGAUGGUGCGCUCCAACGAAGCGAGGCCAAGGUACGAGACCUUGAGGCGCUUUCGCAGCCAAUCCUCCUCCGGAGUGAGAGCUCGAUCCUCCCGGGCCUUGUCAAAGCGCGAUAUGAGCUCACAAGAAAUGGCCAACUUGUUGCGAAUACUGCCUGUCUUCUUGGCACUCCAGCUUGUGAGCCUGCGCGCCAUGGCCUGGAAGCGCAACAUCAAUCGAUGGAAGGGGUCAGGGUCAUGGACCGAGCCCCAAGCUGCAGCCACCGUGUCGUGGAACCCAUCAAGCCUCAACCAGAAGUCCUCAAAAUGAAAACGUCUAUGCGCCGUGAGCAUGGGGGAGCAGUCCAGCAGCAGGGGGGAGUGGUCCGAGAUGACCGACGCAAGGCAGCGAAGGUGACAUUCGCCGUGAGCAUCCUCCCAGUCCGAGGUGCAGAGCACACGAUCCAGGUGCACAAGAGUGGGAGGGGACUGCUCGUUCGACCACAUGAAGCGACGCCCGUUGAGGUAGACCUCCUUAAGCGCAAGGUCAUUGACGAGGCGACGGAAUCUGCCCAUCAUACGACGAUUUAAGUUACCGUUGUUCUUGUCCACGUCGCGCAGGAUGAGGUUGAAGUCUCCGCAAAGCAUCCAAGGCCCGGGACAGGCCGCACGAAUCUCCCUCAGCUCAAGCAUGAACGCAAUUUUGUCCGCGUCGUCCUGGGGUCCAUACACUACAGAGAGCCACCAAGGGAUGCCCGAGGCCGUGGCCACUUUGGCCGAGAGGGCAUUCGUGGUGAACAACGGGUCCGUGAUAGUCACGACCCUGCUCUUCCAAGCCAGUAAGAUGCCGCCCCGCGUGCCAAGAGCCGGGAGGUAUGUGUAGUCAUCAAACUCUGAACCAAGGGUGUCAAGAACAACAGACGAACAAAGCAACUCCAUCUUAGUUUCCUGCAAGCACACAAUGGAGGCAGCGGUGGUAUCCAACAGCGAGCGAAUGGCGGUGCGCCGGCUCCGCGAAUUCAGGCCGCGCACAUUCCAUACAGCAAUCUUAAGGCCGUGAUCCAUGGAAAGGAGCCGCCUAGGAUGUGGGCAGGCGACCUCGACAUGUGCUGGCGCGAUCGGCGGGCAGGAUAGGCAUGCUGGGAUCUCGCGGUCGACCAACGCGGCCAUGGCCUUGAGCACCUGGAGCGGGAUGGGCAUCGCAAACAUGCCAUCGUAGGCCUUCAUCUCGGCGGGGGUUAUCUUCUGAUUCGUCCCAAUGAUCCCCAGGGUGCGCAGGAUUUGGACCUGCGCACGUCUCUCGGCAGUGGGUGGCGCCGCCGCCGGGCGGGCAGUGGCAGCCGAGCGGCCGCGACGGGGGGAGAAGUUCAGGGGCCUGCACGGCCUCCUCCCAGGCGUCGGCAGGGCCGCAUCGAUGUGCUUGGUGGCGGCGGCCAGAAAUUCCCCCAACGUUAGGGAGCUUGGCGCAGCGGGACGGGCGCGGGAACAGCGCAUGGUGAUCGGCGGGGAUGCGAAGCGCUCGGCAGCAGGCAGAUUCGUCCGCAGUUGGGCCCUCGCAGGCGUGCGGGCCUCCAAGUUGAGUCCCGUUGUGGUGAUCGGGCUUUGUGGCCUCUGCAGAAUAGUCACCUGGGGCGAGAGCCCAGUGUCCUCAAUGGGCUGGGCCUGGGGGGACGAGGUGGGGCGCUCCUCUCCACCCACGACGCGCGCAUGGGGCCCGGAGGACCGGUCAGCGGGGACAGGGCCGUCGUCAGGUGGGGGUGCAGGCGAGACGCCGCUUUGCCCCGACAAGCAGGCCGGCACAGGCUGUGAGGCUGGUCCCACGCGCAUAUCGGGCAGAUCCCGACAAUUCCUCGGAUCAGGAGCAUCAGAACCAGGGCCCAUACAAUCCUCCUCGGGGGCAUCCGAUGGUGUGAAAUUCAAAUCUCGGGAUCCUUCCGGAGUGUUCUCCGCGAAUGGGGGCGUGCCACUUGGUCCGUGGCCUGGCUCCACGCUGGGGAUUGGAGCAGCCGACGGGCCAGGCGGGGGGCCACCGACAGGCGUCCUUCGCGCAUCUCCGUCAUCUCCUGCAGCAACAGAGGCCCUGCCCGCCUGGGCCACCGCCAAAGCUUGCUUUGGCUUUCUUUUGCGCCUCCCUUUACUGGCGCGGCCACGCAUGUUGGUGGGGCCAUGCUGAUCGCGCUGUUGCUCCAGCUGACCACGCUGCCCAGGCCAGGACUCUAUGGCGCAGCCGCGACGGUGUACGGACGGCGGCGCAACCGCGGAGGGCGGCGCGGGCCAUGCAGACGCGACGGACAGACCGUCGGUGCGCGCAGCGCGGUUCCCAACCCGCCACCCCAGGGAGUCGACGGCCAUGCCAUCAGCCCGGCCGGCCGGCGGCGCCUCCGAGCGUCGACGCUUGCGACCGCGGCGACGCGCACGGCCAGGGCCCCUGCCACGAGCAGGGCCGUCGCCAUCACCGGCGCCACCGCCGGCCGGUCCGUCGCCAGCGCCAGCACGGGGAGCUGGGGCGCCGAUCCUCUCCGCACGGGCCAGCGCGAUGGAAAUCGGGUAGGUGAGGGUCCGGAUGGCAGGCGCCUCCGAGCCCACGCGCGCGGGGAUUUGUUCCACGAUUUCCAGGAUGGCGGCGCGGCGGAUGUUGGCAGGAUCAUGCGUGCGCCCCGCCAGCCGGAAGACGGCCAAAUCAGCCCUAGAACGCGUGCCGGGGUGGAGUCUCUCAAUCCAGCAGCUCUCCCCAAGAAUAUGCUCGGCCGUCGAGAGGUGCCAUGCCUGAGCGGGGAUGCCCCGGAGCUCAAGCUCGACGCGGUGCUCGAACUGGCCGGAGCCCGCAUGAGCCAGCUUGCUCCAGGGUCGCACGGAGUGGGAGAACCGCGGGUAGCGGAUGAAGUGAUCACCGUUGAGGCGAUCCAUGGUCGAGCGCGAGUUGAAGAGGAUCAGAAAAUCUUCGGGGUGAUGGAUGUGAACUGUGAAGUCACCGUCGACGAGCUCGAGGGAGGAGAUGAGCACGUCGGCGACCUCGGCAGCGGACACGGGUGGCCUGUUGCCAGUAAUGGAGGCCACCAUCGCGCGGGUGAGAACCACCUCGGCCUCCUCCAUCUCAACCGAGUGCGACAUGAUGACCCGCACCGGUGCGGGGGCGGGAGCCAAGGGAGCGCGGACCACCGGAGCAGCAGGUGGUGGUGGCGACGGCGUUGUGGCCCGAGGCGCAGCCCCGCGAACAGCAGGGCCCGAGCGGCCUGAGUCGGCCCGGGAACAUGUGUCAGACCCUGAUGGCACGUUUCUUGACAGCAGCGCCAUGGAAGUCUUGCUGGGGCUUGGCAGCCUUGCAUGUUUAUACCUUAAACAUGUUCCAAGACUGCUCAACGACAAGUUGAAUUUUGACCCUCCCUGAAUGGUCUCUACAAGGCUACAUGGGCCAUGGGCUGAAGUAUAUCAUGAGAUUUACCCAAUCCACCUUACAUUCAACUAUGCACAAUAGCGAUGCCAUGUUUUUAAAUAAUCUAUAUAUAUGCUUCUACAUUGAAAUCCAAUUUCAUCAUAAUUUUGCUAUUUUAUAAUAGUAUAACACUGGUAGACGUAUGGGUUGUCCCUCUAAAAUUUAAGCUUCGUCUCCAUGCUUGCUUUUGUCUAUUGGUACCCUGAUUUUCUUAGAAAGGUGGUCUUGUGAUUACUGAGUUAACAGCUGUUGUCGAAAUAUUCAGAAAAUUCAGUUUUAUUUGAGUCGUAGCUGUAGUUGUUUGAACUCAGUUUCGUCAGCUUGUUUUCUUCAGUUAAACUUUAGCAGAAACAUACCAAGCUGUGACGAUGUCCUAGAUUGUUAGGAUAGAUCCUCGCAAUGAUUGGAUCGUGGGAUGGCACGGCACAACGGUCACGGCGAUGAUGCAGAGAGGUGUGCAAGGAGUUCUAGGAUGGCGGCACUCACAACUCGGAUAUGUCAUGCUUUUCCGUUUUUCAGUUAGCAUUGUAAUCACUCAAUAAAUAGAGGAGGGAGAAGAAAAGUUGUAGACUGAACACAGCACAAAACAUCGUCUCUCUCUCUCUCUCUCUCUGUCUCUCUCUCUCUCUUUGUUAGCUCUCCAAUUUAUGAAAUAUUUAGUUUUCAGUGGUUGCCCUUUUUAUAUAUUUUAUUUUAACUAAAUUCACAUCUCCAUGGUUCAGCCCGUCUUUCUGGCUUGAGGCUUAUCAAACACUUUUGGGUUCAAGAUUCAGGACAAACAAGGCAAGAUGCACAAAUUUAACUGUGGUAUGCACACUCAUUUUGGUGUCACACAACUGGAGUUAUAUCAUCGCUCUUUCUUUUCCCAUGUCAUGCCCACUAAUUUAUACUAUUGUUCAAGCUCCAUUGAUAAAUCGAACCUACCUCAAAUUCUGGUACUGUUCAAGCUCCAUUCUCUAUAUAUGUGCCUAUAUACCUAUAUCACUGUCAGUUCUCUAAGGUUUCUUCUUUUCCUAAUACCAUUUGACAGUACGAAGAUGAUGAUCACAAUAAAGUCAUGCUCUCAUCGGAUUCCGACGAAGGGGAGCCUUGGCGCAGUGGUAAAGCUGCUGCCUUGUGACCAUGAGGUCACGGGUUCAAGUCCUGGAAACAGCCUCUUACAGAAAUAUAGGGAAAGGCUGCGUACUAUAGACCCAAAGUGGUCGGACCCUUCCCCGACCCUGCGCAAGCGGGAGCUACAUGCACCGGGCUGCCCUUUUUUUAUUUUCUCAUCGGAUUCCGACCAUAUAGCGACUGUGUACCAUGCAAAGCAAAUCGCUUGGAAGGUAAUAAGAGGCAAAUUCAACCUUCACUCUACAAAAUCUGCAACACAUCAUAUUAAUUGGAAACUCAAAUCUUGAUUGCAAAAGUUAAGUCUGUGCUAUAAAUGCAGGCAAUACAAAAGGUAGGAAGAACUUAGGAAGGUUCCUUUUUUGUCCUCGUAAUGGGACAAUUUAACUAAGUUGCUCUCUGCUGGUUGUUUGAAGACAAAUUAUAGUGUGUAACCUAUCAAAUACUAAAUUAAACUUUAUCCUCAGUUCCAUGUUAUGCCAUGUAGUAGUGUAUGCGGGAAUUAUAUUGAUGAUUUCAUUUUACCUUCAUAUCUGCUUAAUUUUCUUACCAAACACAAAAGCUCUAUGUCUUGAUGUGUUCAUAGAAGCGAAGAUAUAAAUCAUGAUGCAAGCCUAAUACGCUGAUAAUAUUUUUACGGUUCAAUGUUCCUAUGAGGGGAGUGGGUGGGGACGGCAAUGAGUGUCUUAACAUAUCAAGCAGUUGCCGCCUAUGAGGGGAGUGAGUGGAGAUGGUCAGAUCUGUGCGGCGGAGGGGCGAUGGAAGCUCGAAUGGAAGAUUUCUCGCGAGCAUCGGAGCAAUUUAUUGGCCAGAUCGACCAUAAAGCUCCUACAUAGACAUGAAGGAUUGUCAUUAUUAAGAAGUUCAAUCUUUGGAAAUUCAGCAUGUGACACUGUAAAAAUAGAAGAAGCUAGAAAAUUGUCUCUGGCCGAUUUCGUAUGUAGCUGUGAGCAUUGCUAAUUUCUGUCAACAUGAACGAGAUCUGGACUAUUUAUAUAGCUACCAUGUGCUCAACAAAUUGUCUGAUAAUGUAACACUCCUGAAUAGAUUGAUGUAUGAUAAGCACAUGUGUUAAUUUUGGAGCA